CUGCCUCCCUGCCACUAGUGGAAGAAGAUGGCCGAAGGUGGAGCGGCUGACCUGGACACCCAGCUUUCUGACAUCAGGAUGCUGCUCAAAACCCAGCUCCUGAAAGGGUACAUCUGGUAUCUAGUAGAUAGUCACUGGUUCAAACAGCGGAAAAAAUAUGUUGGCUUUGACAGUUGGGAUAAAUGCCAAAUGGGAGAUCAAAAUGUCUAUCCUGGACCCAUCGAUACCUCUGGCCUUCUCAAAGAUGGCAAUGCCCAGUCACUUAAGGAGCACCUUAUUGAUGAGUUGAAUUAUAUACUGUUGCCAACUGAGGGCUGGAAUAAACUCGUCAGCUGGUACACACUGAUGGAAGGCCAAGAGGCAAUAGCAAGACGGUGGUAGAGCAGGGCAUGUUUGGGAAGCACUGAAAAGUAGAAGUCUAUCUCACAGUUUUGAAGCUCUGUGAAAAUGGAAACAUGAACAACGUGGUAACUCAGAGAUUUAGCAAAGUGGACACAGUAGACACAAUUGAAA